AAAGGCACAGUUGAUUAUUUUUGCGAAAAGUAAUAAGGGCUCUGCAGAAGCUCUGGAGCUUGGCGCUUCCUCGGGAUCUCCAGGCUCUCUCUCUGAUCACUACUUGGAGACAUUGUCCCUGCCUGGGAUUUGCCAAGAACCAGGCUGAUCCCCUCAAAGUCACCAAGAUGUCCCCAGGAAGCAGGGCAGCUGCAUCAGAGCAAGGGAUGGCAAAGACACGCUGUGGACGUGCAUCUCUACUGUGCUGCACUGUUGCCUUCCUCUUCCUGCAGCUCCCACCUCCUGGAAAUGGAAGAGCUGAUUUCCAAGUCCAAGGGCCUCAUGCCCCCGUGCUGGCCCUGGUGGGGGAAGAUGCAGAGUUGUCAUGUCAACUGGUCCCCAGCAUCAGCACUGAAGGCAUGGAGCUGAGGUGGUACAGGAACCAGUCCAGCCCAGCUGUACUCGUGCACAGGAAUGGGGAGGACGUGCAUCAAGAGCAGAUGGUGGAGUAUCAGGGAAGGACGAGCUUUGUGAGUGACCAUGUAGCCAGGGGCGAGGCCACACUGAGGAUACAUAACGUCACUCUGUUUGACAACGGCACCUAUCACUGCCUCUUCAAGGAGGGCACUUCCUCCAACCAGGCCACACUCUGGCUGACGGUGGCAGGGCUGGGCUCAAAGCCCAGAGUGCAAGUGGUGGAUGACCAGGGCACAGGUAUCCAACUGAAAUGCACCUCAGCGGGCUGGUACCCAGAGCCCUUGGUGGAGUGGAGAGACCUCAGAGGACAGCCAGUGCCUGCUGUGACCAACUUCUCACUGUCGGCCACCACGGGCCUCGUGGCUGUGGUAUCCAGGGUGACCGUCCAGAAUGGGGCUGUGCAGGGUCUGUCCUGCUCCAUUUCCAACCCCCUCCUCCCCAAGAGGAAGGGGGCUGAGAGCUGGCUACCUGUUCCUAUGUCCUCAGCUCCCCUCUCCAGGUCUCCUCUCACAGAGUGGCAACUAGCUCUGUCUCUGGCCCUCGCUGCUCUGGGAUUCCUGGUCUCUGGAGUACUCUGCUGUUUAGGGAAGCAGCAAAAGGAAAGUUCCCAGACACUGCUAGAAGAAACAGAGCAAGAAGAAACAGCACAGAGGUCACAAGCCAGCAGUACCAAGGCUGAGCUAUCCCACGUGAGCCCCUCACUGGACCCUGACACAGCAAGUCCCAAACUCAUGGUGUCAGAGGAUCAGAAAAGUGUGAAGAGGCUGAUCUUCGACCAGUACCUGCUCCCCAACUCCAAGAGAUUUGACCAGGACCCCUGUGUCCUGGCCCAAGAGCGGUUCUCGGCUGGGAGAUACUACUGGGAAGUUGAGGUGGGAGACAGACAGGCCUGGAUUCUGGGGGUUUGCCUGGAGAACUUAGGUCGAGAAGGCUGGAUUCCCAAAUCCCCCCAGCAUGGCAUCUGGGCAGUGGAGUUAUAUAAGAAGAGAUUCUGGGCUCUCUCCUAUCCAAGGACUCGCCUCUCUCCUUCCCAGCCCCUCCGACAGCUGGGCAUCCUCCUAGACUGGGACGCAGGGGAGAUUUCCUUCUACAAUGCCACCAAGGGGUCCCUGGUCUACAGGUUCUCUGGACUAUCUUUUUCUGCCCCCCUGCAGCCAUUCUUCUGCCUCUGGACCCAUGAUCCUAGACCCCUGACCAUCUACUCAGUGGCCAGAGAGACCCAGGAAGACACAAGCCCCCCCUGGAAGCCUGUCCUUUCCCCCAGAGGUCCCGGAGACUUCUGCUGAGGGAGAACAGCACCCAUGAGCCCUGGCUUCUGCCUCCUGGUGAAAUCAAUCAGAUUCUGUGUGCAUGAGGGCAGUGUCAGGGCUGGCUUGCUGCCUUUCCCAAAUCCCUAUGCUUAACUCCUAAGCCCAGGACCUCAGAAUGUGACUGCCCUUGCAGAUGGGCCUUCAAGAGGAAAUCAGUGCCUUCAUGUGAGUGGCCCUGAUGUCACAGAUCUGAUGUUCCUGUGAGAAGAGAUCGGGACCCAGGCACACGCAGGGGAAAGCCUGUGAGGACUCAGACAGGCACUCUCACAAGCCACAGAUCUGGCCUCAGAAGGAACCAAGCUGCCCACACCCGGUCUCAGACCUCAGCCUCUGGAAGUGAGAGGAAAGGGCUUUCUGCUGUGUAAAUCACUCCAUCUGCAAACUUUGUGAUGGCAGCUCUGCUGUGAUAAAACCACACCAUUAUCAGCUCAGCAUUGUCUACUUCUGCCACGUACCCGGGGGCAUAUGUAAAAUAUCCAGCUCGUGUUGGACAGGUAGUAGUCACACAGUAACUGCCAGCCUUCCCCUCCUGUCCUCCCCCUCCUCCUUCUUCAUCAUCUUGGCCAUUCUUCUCUCCUUCUCCUCCUCUCCUCUCUUCCACCUCUCCCUCCUCACCUCUGCUCCCUACAGCAAUCACUCAGACAUCUGGUCUACCUCAAGUCCCUUCCUCCCUCUCUGUGAGAAGUCAGAACAAGCCAAAGAUUCCUGGGCAUUGGUCAGCGUUCAGCCAGGACUGGAACCACAUAAGCCAUUUGGCAGAGAGAGUAGACUAGAAGCAAGUGUCAAUGAGGCACUGAAGAACCCAGGAGAUCAGAAACAAGGAAACAUGGGAGGAACGAGCUGCCAACUACCAUGGCUGAGGGCAGAGGGGAGAGAGAACAAAGGAAGGCACAGAGGUGCUGCUCAGGACACCCAGGCCAGUGGGAAUGCAGUCUGGCCAGGUGCCAUGCUGCUGGGUGGCCCUGAGAGGGACAGGCUCGACUGUGUUUAGCCAUGACCCUCCUCCUGCUGCCAGUGGCAAAGCCCACCAGGCAGCAGUGGGGGGUGAGCUUUUGGAGCCCAGCCCACUGUAGGAGGCCUGCCGUGUGCCCUGGGGCUGCUGCAGAGCCAGACACGGGGCUCAAAACAGGGUCUGUUCUUCCCAGUUCUGAAGCCCAACUUUGAAAUCAAGGGUCAACAGAGCUGGUUUCCCCUGGAGGCUAUGAAGAGAAUCCAGGCUGGGCUCAUUUGCAGCUUCUGGGGCUGCCAGUCUUCCUUGCCUCAUAGAACUGCUGCUCCGAGCGCUGCCUCUUUCGUCACACCACUGACUUCUCCCUGUGUUUCAAAUCCCCUGGCCUUUCUCUCAAAAGGACACGUGUCGUUGGCAUUAGGACUCACCUCAUGCAGGGUCAUCUCUUGUUGAGGUUCCUGCCUUCAUUACUUCUGCAAAGACGUUUGCAGAUGAAGUCCUGUUCUCAGAAGCCAGGGGUCAGGACCUGGACAUGUUUGGGGGUCCUGAGUCCACCCAGAGUUCUGGCCAGAUGAUUGGCACACUGUUCCACGUGUUGGCACCUCCUCAGAAUGGCAGGGACGUGUAGUGAGCAAGGGCCCUGAAGGGAUCUGUAGAUGUUUUGAGACACAAGUUCUUCACACAAAAAAAAGGAACUCCUAGUGCUCUAGGUUUGUAAUCCAGAGCACAGACGUGGAUUACCAGUGGAGAGGCCAGACAGUCCAGGGAAGCAGGGGUCCAGACUCAGCCUUUGGGAGAGGCCAGGAUUUGUAUGGACAGGAAUAGGAAGGGUGACAUAAAAGUCCAUCUCCCUGCCCUCCUCAUAGCCCUCUCACUCGACCUCAGGGUAAAGCCUUUCUUAACAAUGUUCUUCUCUUAUGAGUGUGAUGCUUGUAUGCAGUGAGUGUGCUGGUUCUAAGGGCACAUGCUAGUGGAUUUGGUCACAGCAUACACUGAUGCUAUGGCACCAUCAAGAGACUAGACAUUUCCUCAAGUCUGGUAGAAAUGGAGCCCCUCUUCCACUCCCACCCCUGCCAGUCCUGAUCUGCCCUCCACAGCUCUAGUUGUCUUUUAAUUAUCUUUGGUCUCACUUUGGAAUAUCCAUUACAUUUAGUGACAUCAUUCAUCCACCAGUUUUCCUGAUUUUUCUGACACAGCUACGUGGUGUUCCCUUCACCCCAUGCUGGAAUUUCAUGGAAGCAGACCCUGCGUUUGUCCAUUGGACUCCCAUGGAAGUCCACUGUCCCCUGUCAUACAAGACACCUGUGGCUGUGAGACUUGUAAAUAAGAGGCUCCUGAAACUCUCAGUGCAGAGACGGUGGUCCACACAGCAUGGUGCUGGCUCUGGGGGACUCUCUGGCCUCAUUCUAUCUUGGUGGGUGGCAUUGAGACAGAAAGAAAGACCACCCACAGGCAGCCAGGAAAAAGGUCUUGGAGAAGAAAGGGGGAAGAGAGAAUUGGGAAGUUGAGCUUCUGACUCCAGCUACUUGUAGCCUCAAGGAUAGCUCCUUAGCCCCUAGACAGGACCAGCCAUCAAUGGUACUUUCUCCUGCAACAGAGCCUCACUCCAAUUCAUGUGCUGAUUAAGGCUUAGAGAUCACUUUUCUCCAGAUUUGCUGAAGAAGGCAAAAUAGAGUUGAUUGCCCCCUUUCUGAAUCCUCUAUUCCACCAAUCAUCUAUAAGGACAGACCAGCCCAGAAAACCAGCCCAGAUAGCCGACAUCUGUGGACACCCCUCUCUUGGGACCCCUCCCCUUUUGGAGCCCUGCUUGCUUCCUAUUUCCCUAAUAAAUCCUGUUAAUUUUCUCUCA